UAAAGUAGCAACAAUUUUUUUCGUCUGCUCCCUUUUUGCAUUAUGAAAUUUGAUUUAUAUAUUGCUUUUUAGUGCAACAAUUAUGUGUUACGUGACAAUAAAUUCUUUUUUCAUAUACAACAAUCAAAUAUAUAUUGUAAUUAUUCCCAAUUCGAGUCCUUUUAACAAUUGCAGUUAAAGGCCCCGAUAAUUUAUAAAUACACCCUUGAGGGAAGUGUAUAUCCAGUUUUCAUCACAGUGUUGCGUUACUAAUGUUUUAUUUAACACAUGAGCAAAAAAAUGGGUUCUGUGACUUAUAAAUUAAUGAAAUAAACAAAAAGAAAAGUGAUAAAAAUACAGUGGUAAAAAUAUAGUGUAAAAAGUUGAAAAGUGAAGAAUAAAAGUUUUAAAAAAGUGUAUACAUAUUUGUCUUAUAUACUUUAAAUGAUGAUAAUAAAGAACGGCAAACGAAAGGGUUGAAUAGACUUUCGUCCAUUGUAGACUGAGAAAGAGAGAGAGAGAGAAAGAGAUCUGAGGCAAACGCGAGAAUUGUUGUUUUCUAACUUUGAUCGUGACAGCCAAUUUCAACGUUAAACUGUAUACGUAAUAUUUCCGUGUGAUCCCGAAUGUUACAUGCGUAGUGAUAAUAUACUUUUGCUUCGGCCAUCAAUGUUCGAACGGGAAUCUCUAAAGAUAUGCUGUAAAUCGUGAAUUAGUAGUUCAUUUGCGAUGAAAAACGAAUCAUCAAAGGAAGUGACAUGAGGGACUAAAAGAGAAAGAGAUGCGAAUGAAAGAAGAAAAAAUGGGUAAUUUAGUGCCAUAGUGGUUUUGCCAUGUUGGUCACACAGUCUUCUUCUCCUACUGACAAUUUAUCGAAUAUGUUAUCUGUACUUGAGGAGGAAACAAACGUGGAUAUCGAUGAGGUAUUCCCUCCCCACGUGGAUACAACGAAUAUUAUAAUCCAGCCAGAAUCGCCGACCAGCAAGAAACAAACGCUCAAAACAUUUAACGAAGUUAACACUCAACUUCAAGCGGGCAGAAAGCGAGAAGUGAAGCUUAUCCUUAGGGAGAAUGCUUGGCCACUGAACAACGGAAUUAGAGCACAAUUAUGGCCUGCUCUUUGCAAUCAGCAUGCACUUGGAAAAAGUAUGAUGGAUGGAUUUUACUGGGAUAUGGUUAGCCAAGUUUUAGGAACGACAGAGCUGCCGGAAAUGUCGAUUAUGUUACCGCCAUUUGUCGAUAGCACGCAUUGUCUUUCCUAUAACUUAACUAGGAAGGGCAGGAGUGUGGCAGACAGGAUUGUAUCUGUUCUCGGAUAUGCGUGUCCUGAUAUUACUUACAGUCCGUCUUUGUACCCCAUUACUGCACUUCUUUUACACUUUAUGCCAGAGGAGCAAUGUUAUCACUGCAUGGCCAGUUUAGUAGCAGCGAAGGAAAAAAUGUUUAUCACACAAACAAAAUUAUUGUACGAAGUCACUUGGAAAACGGUUGAGCAGAUUACUAAAAAGCACGUGAAAUCGGCAGCGGCACACUUAACGAGAAAUUGCUCAGGAUCAAGAGCAGAGAGAAUCUACAUGGAUUGGAUCUGGUGGAUUUUGCAGUUGCUCCCUUUUCAACAUCUAGUCAGAGUUAUGGACUGUUUUCUCCAUGAAGGCAUUAAAGUCUUCUAUAGGGUAGCUAUGGCGAUAAUAUUAUUAUUUUAUAAGCACUCCAACACACAAAACUCCGAAUGGAUGACUGAAAUAACAAAGAACGGCGUAGAUGCGGCUCUUUCAAAAUUUUGUAGACAAAUGCCGGUGACUCCAGCGAAAUUUCUUCGUACUGCAUUUGGAAUUCGAGGACUAAGUUCGGCAUACAUAUCAAGAGUAUUUCUGCGAACAGAAAUGGCUUUGAAAAGUCGAAAUGUACUAAUUGGCUCGAGAUCUCUGGCGAGGUCGCGAUCUACUGACAAUUUACCCACGAGUCAGUCGCAAGUCAACAUACAAAUGAUGUCUCACACCCUCACCAUAAGAGAGAAAGAAUGUGAAGACACGUACAAAGACAGGGGUGCACACAGUCCUGGACCUCGUGCUCUUUCUAUGGGUAUUUACCCCAUACAAAGUAUUCGAUCUCAAAUUCUAGAUAUGCCUGAUUUGUUCACACUUUGGUCAUGGCUGCCUGUCAGGAUUACCAUGUAUCAACCAAUAUUGCUCUAUACCACUGAAGAACAUGGCUGUUCGCUAACAACUUUUUAUGUUCGAGUUGAACAACAUGAACCAACUCUUCUUAUGAUUAAAACAUGCAACAAUGAGGUUUUCGGUGCUUAUUGUUCGACGAGAUGGUGCGAGAGAAAUUUGAAGGAUGACAAAGGACAAAGGCAAGCUUAUUUUGGCACGGGAGAAACAUUCCUGUUUAGUUUAUAUCCGGAGAGAGCAAAAUAUCCUUGGAUUGGAAUGGAUUCUUCUCAUAAUGAUUCUCGUGUACAUCAUUCGGCAGAAUUGUUCAUGGCUGCCGAUGCGAAAAUGAUUACAAUCGGAGGAGGUGACGGUCAAGCUAUUUGGAUGGACGAGAAUAUAAGGUUUGGCAAAACCGAUCACUGCUCAACGUUCAACAAUCCUCCAUUAUGUGCCAGCGGUGACUUUGAGAUUCGAGUAUUGGAAGUCUACGGAUUCUCCGGUGCUUAAUUUACUGGAAUUGUUUAUAAUAAAAAAAAAAUAGGUAUGUGAUUCCAACUGCCAUAUAGAAUUUUAUAUUUUUUCGUUAGCGACACAAGACUCACAUCUCAGAUUCAUGCGUGUUAUUUAGAAAAAAAGGGAAACGAAAUGAAAAAGCACACAUACAUUAAUUUUAGUUUCUCCGCCACUCACUAUUCAAAAAAAAAAAAAAAAAAAAACCGGUUUAUUCAGUAAAAAAAAAUUUACCAUCUAUUCCAUUUUUUUUAUCUACGUACCUGCCUUCUCAUGUCAGUCUUAAUUUGUUUCGUUUCUUUCGUUUUACUUUCUUUCUCAAUCAAUCAAACAUAAAAAAUACCUAUUCAUGCCUUAUUCAGAAUAAUAUAAAUGAAUUUUUAACAAAAAAAAAAAAAAAAAGAAUUUGCUAAUAAAGAGUUUAGAUUAUUAUCUCAUCAAAAGAAAAAAGAGAAAAAGAGAAAACUAGAUGAAAUCGCAGUGACAAAAUUUUGACAAUAAUCAAAGUUUAGUAAAGAAACAAUUCACAUGAGAAUUACUUAAGUUAAUCGGACCAGAAAUUGUCAUUGAAAAUGUGUAUAUAUUUAUUUAAUGAUUUAUCCAAUGUAUAAAUGUUUUGUUUCGUAACAUUUAGCUCUGUUACUCCCUCUAGAUUAUAAACAAUUUAAUUCAACGUUAGUUUUGCUUUUAAAAAAGAACAAUAUUUACUAAUAAUGAAAAAAAUGCCCGAUUUUUGUACAUAUUAUACAUAUAGAGAAUAAUAUGAAAGAAGUAUUUGAGUAUUGAAUAUUGAAUUUUAAUUAUAAAAUAUUUAAUACUAGAGUGAAUAUUAGACAUCAAUAUUGUGAUUGGCAGCAAAAAAAAAAAAAAAAAAUGCUGCAAAUUUGAAAGAUUGAGUAAAAAAAAACAGUGAUCACAAAAAAUGGACUUUAUUUGUCUCUAUCUGAUGUGUCGUGCGUCUUUGUGGUCAAUUAAAAUAUUGUUUUUUUUUAUCAAAUCCAUUUUGUUAAUGUGAUUCUUUAAUUAAGGAAAAACGGCAGUCACUCAUUUUUUUUACUAAUAAUUGAUUAUCAGAGAAGAGAGAGUUAAUUGUGAUUUAUUAAUUUGAAAGUUAGCGACGUUUAUAAUGUUAAAAGAAACUGUUACUAAUGAAAUAAUUUUUUUCCUUUUUUUUAUUAAAAUUAUAAAAAUACUGAAAAGUAUGGUUCAGAUUUAAUUUUUACUUGGAAGAGUGCAGCUUUUUUAAUUUUUAAUGACCAAAGAGAAUUUUUUUUUUCUUAUAUUAUUAUGUAAACUAACUUCUUGCUUUUAUAUAUAUAAAUAUAUAUUUUUUUUGUUUUGUAUUUGUCAUUUGUAUGUGAUGGCUGGACCCAUUUUUAGAGUAUGCGAAAAUUGAGGAAAGUUUGAUGGUUUUUUUUUAUUCUGACUCACAUUAAGGCUUAUUAUUGUUGAGCGCAUUAUAAUAUGCACCUUGGUGUCGAGGCACACUCGACAAAAUGUACAAAAGAAAUAUAUUUGGUACAAUAUUGUCAUUAGAUUCUAUGAUAAUAUAGUUUAUAGCAUGACGACAAGACGCUGCGAUUGAUUCGAUAAUUUUUACUCUAAACGAAUCCAUAUAUGCAUAUCAAUCAGCAAUCAUUGAUCAUUAUUUCCGAAUGGAACCAAAUUAUAAAAUAUCAAUUGUAUUUGUUUUUGUUUCAUUUCGAUUUUUGGCUUAUAUUUUUCAUUUGUUUUUCAUUUUCAUUUUCAUUCCAUCAAGCAAUUUUUAACAAAUUUGAUUCUUCUAAUUCUAAAUUUUUUUUUGGUAGUUAAAACUGAAACCUCGAUUCAAAAGAAAAUUACUCCUUUAUUCUAAUAUUUUUUCGCAUAAUUUCGUUGAUUCGUGUGAAUAACAAUUUGCCAGUAAUAAAGACAAUAAUUCUCGGUUAUUUCUUUUAAUUUCGAUUUCUAUUUUUCACUGUUUGCAAAUUUGACAAAUUCGUUAUCUUCGUUAAUUUGUCAAGAACUUGACAUUGUAUUGAGUCCAUUUCUUAAUUAGUAGAUUUAAAUUAAUUGAGAAUUAAUAAAAAAAACAAUUGAAAAAAAUUAAGAAUUGAUAACAAAUUAAAAAUUAAGAAUUACAUAAUGAAAAAAGAAAACGAAAAGAUUUUUUUUUAUUCGACAGGAAUAUUUAUUAAAUUAUUCUCGAUUCUUUUUCUAAACAUUUGGUACUGAAAGUGUAAUGAAAUGAAGAACUUGAGAGGUUUGGACAAAAACGGAAACAAAUUUUUUUUAAAACAAGGAACAAAUGUAUUUUUUAAUUCACAACAAAAUAUUAUUUAUAUAUUUUUUUUUUGUACAGUCAUAGCAUUUAAUGUGAUUUCUCUACCUGCGAUUAAUAUAGAUCUUCCCUGCUGUGUCCUACUCUCACUUAGGAUAAUAAAUAUGUAAAUUAAUCUGUUGUAUUAAAAUA